AUGCCCGUCUGCGUGGUCUGUCUCCCGACGUCCACACAGCGGAGCGAGCACGUGUUCGGCCCGACGUGGCAGCUCCUCCUUGACACCCUCGCAAAGUCGCCGGGCCAUUCCGGUUUUGUUGCGCUUCUACAACAUUCUGCUGUCCGCAGCGCCAUCAGCGGCGCGCUUAACGGCGCGCCGUUUACGGUUUUCGCCCCGUCAGACGAUUCCCUAGAGAGGCUGCCAGGCGCGAUUGUCGCCACGUUACGGAACUCGUCGCACAUCGAGACCCUCCGCCAAGUCGUGCUGUACCACUUCGUUCGCGAGAAGAUCUCGCGCUUCGCCUGGGAGGGCCCCUGGCGGACCGUGCAAGGCGAGAGCCUCGUGUUGCACCUGGACGACGCGAGCCUUACUGUAUCGGAUGUGCCUGUACUGGAAUACGCCGCCGCAUUCUCGGCGAGCUUCGUGGUGCACUCGACGGACGGGCUUCUGUUUCCCCCCAGCAUCCGCGCGCAGCUCACUGGCGCGGGCGGCCGCGCGCCAGGGGCAGCUUAUCUGGCGGAGGUCAGCACGGCGUCGCAAGAAGAGCGCGGAGCAAGUGGCGAGGAUGACUACGCAGAGGAGUACGAGGAGGACUAUGACGAGGACGUAUGGCGGCGGGAGGCACUCCAACAAUACAACUCAUUCAACCUAUACGCUCCAGCUCCCACGCCCGCACCAUCGUCUCUCUCAGUGGGCGCCAUCGCAGGGAUUGUGAUCGGGUGCGUGGCAGGAGUUGUCCUCAUUGCGGCAUUACUCUACUACCUGCUCGUUGCCCGCCAAAACAAGGAUGUGCGCUCUCACCCACUCGAAGACCCAGAAGAUUUUGCAGCAAUGGCAGCAGCAGGAGCGGCGCGAGGUGCCACUGCUGCUGAUGCAGCAGGAGCGCCGCAUGAGUCCUUACCAGCAGGGGCAGGGCAAUGCCGGCAGUACCCACUGGCAGUGCUGAAGCAUGCCACAGCCAAUUGGGCGGAGGAGCAUCGCAUUGGCAGCGGGGGGUACGCGGACGUGUACCGAGCUGUGGACCCCGCAGACCCCUCCGUGGUAUGGGCGGUGAAGCGAGGCAAGGUGCUCACCAACGACUUCAAGCGCGAGAUCAACGAGAUGGCGUCAAAGCACCACCCGAACCUGGUGCGGCUGCUGGGGUACUGUCUGGACAUGGACACGGUGAACGAGCGCAUGGAGCAGAUCCUCAUCUACCAGUUCAUGCACCACGGCGACCUCGAGCACUGGGUCGCCACCGAUGCCGGCAAGACGCUCACCCUGGCGCAACGCAUGGACGUGCUGGUGGGGGCGGCGCACGGGCUGGAGUACCUGCACAGCUUUGGCAUCGUGCAUCGCGACAUCAAGCCCGCCAACAUUCUGCUGGACGAGCACAUGCACGCCAAGGUGGCCGACUUUGGCCUCGUGCGCAUGGGCGAGGGCACCUCCGUGUACACCACUCGCAUUCUCGGCACGCCGGGCUAUGUGGACCCUGCGUAUUCUCGCACCCGCAAGGCCACAACCACAACUGAUGUGUUCAGCUUUGGCAUUGUGAUUCUUGAGGUCAUCACUGGGAGGCGAGCGGUUGUCAACACAGGCAGUGGAAACAGCACCAUCAAAGAAUGGGCUGAGGAGGCGCUGCAGAGCAAUGAUCUGUCGCGCCUAAGGGAUGCGCAGCUGCACCCGCCCUUGCCUGACAACAUCCUGUUGCGCGUUGUGCGCCUGGCCAUCAGCUGCACGCUCAUGCCCACUGCCACGCGCCCCACCAUGAGCCACGUUUUCAGCGAGCUGAGUGCCAUCCGGCAGGAGUACUUUGGUGUGGAGGAGAACAGAGCAGCGCACAAGGUGGAUAACGAGAUGCGCAGGGUGCAGGAACAGGUGUCCAUCCCGUUAGAAAAACAGCUCGAGUACAUCGAGUCGUUUGGUUCCUCCAAGGCUAUAUCAUCCUCGCUUGGCAAAAUUGGGUGA